AAUACACGCAACACAGUGUCCACAGUCCCACUAUUGAAUGUCGAAAUUCAGUUAAGAGAAACCCUAGUGAAUUAGAGAGCGAAUCCAGCAAUAAUCUCCCCGGAAGCUACAAAUUGAUUCGACAAUGGCGAUUUCAGGAGAUCUUAGGGUUUCCGCAGCUCUGAGUUCGUACAAAUUCAACCCCCUUCGCACAAGAUCGCAUUUCCCCCCUUCCAAGGUGGAUUGCAACGUGUUCACAAACGGUGCAUCUAGUGUGUUCGAGUCAAUACCAAGAUGCUCCCGUACAGUUCUUGAUCCUCAUAGCACCCGUUGUCACUCCAAACGGCCCAUCGGAAUUUUUGGUGAUUACAAAGUUUCGGAAAACCCCAUCAGCCAAGAAGUCGAAAAUUUUCUCCUCAACGCAAUUAACAUGAACUUCUUCGACCGCGUAAGCCUUGCGUGGAAGAUAAUAUUCCCAUCUCCCACAUCAAGAAGGAACUCCAACGCAAACAUUGCCAAACAACGUUUGAGGAUGAUUCUCUUCUCCGACCGAUGUGCUGUCAGCGAAGAGGCAAAGCAGAAGAUUGUGAGCAAUGUUGUCAGUGCACUGUCCGAUUUUGUGGAGAUUGAAUCGCAGGAUAAGGUACAGUUGAGUGUCUCGACUGAUCCAGAUUUAGGCACUAUUUAUUCUGUGACUGUGCCUGUGCGGAGGGUAAGAACGGAAUAUCAACUUGACGAUGAAACUGGGGCGAUCACGAAUAUCGAGUACAAAGACACUGGAGAGAGUUCUGGUUCGGUUGACGUGAAAUUUGACUUUUAUGUUCCUAGUGAAUAAAUGUGCCCAAUGAGGUGAUGCGCUUUGGGAGUUAAAGAGGGGGAAUCUUUGUUCGUUCGAUUUCGUUAUGUUUUCAAUUGUUAUUUGUUCUGCUUGUGCGACGGUGGUGUAUUUUCGUUCUUUGGGUGAUGUAAACCACUGGAGCAGAAUUAUAUAUUCUGUAUAUAUUUGGAAACUUUUUUAGGUUGUCUGAGAAUUGGUUAUUGGAUGAUACUUCUAAUGUUAUAUUUGAGAUAACACAUUGAAGAUACUGUGUGCUUGAUGAA